UUCACGGAACGGCCCAAAAUUAAAUAUCAUAUUUCUAACAGUCUUCCGAUGACAAUAUUUUAUUAAUAUUUUGUAAGCGCACGGAGUAAUGCUGGAACUGUGAUUAUUCCCACCGAACCAUGAAUGGAUAGAUUGGAUUAUUUUUUUCUCGGCUUAACACUGCUCGCAUUUAGCGGGGAUUUUCCACGUAAUUAUGCUCAGAAAUACCGACCGCACGAGCGAGAUGACCAGUCACAUGCAAAACAUGUGCGACCAUCUCGAGAUGAUGAUCAGCGACAUAAUUUUGCACCAGGUCGCAGUUUUAAUCGGCCGGAAUAUGCAGUGGCCAAUCAGCAACCUGGUCGUAACUUGUACCGGCGCCGAGGGGCCUUGUCAGCAUCAAAGCAGGCACAGGACGACGCUGUGAAUCAGCUGAAAAGCUCCGGUUCUCGCAGAAUGGCAAAUAGGGAAGAGAUCAUCGCCACCACCGCUCAACCGCCCAGUCGGCCCACUAACAUUGUCAGCGGUGAUCUGCGUCCGGAUCAGCAUCUCCCUGGCAACGCCCUGUUCUUCCCCUCCGGCCAAGGUUUUUUGAGUAUUUUAGUUCAGAGAAAAAAGCCGGUACUUGGCGCAUCUUUAGCGUUCCAGCGCAAUCAGCGCCUCGGUUCGGAUGAGGUGGCGGCUAACGUUUUUUCCCGCCCACUGUGGACGGUUCCUCGUAAUAACACUGGUGUCGUUAAUUUAACGAAAUCCAGUCCACAGACUGCUACUUCGCUCCUGGCGCUCUUCGGCUGGUAGGCGGCAUUAGAAACGGGGAUUCAGCUACCGGAUAUUAUGUUGUGCCUCGCGGUGUAGAUCUUGAUGCUGCCGGGUUUCGGUUUUGUUGACCAGAAAUUGUAUAAUAAACGUUUUCUCCGUUCUGUACAGAUCUGUAGUGAGAAACUGUAGUGAGAAAUGCGCUUUUUCGCGCACAGUCGCUGCAGACUUCUCUAUAGAGGAGAAAGCAGUUGUAACUUGUAACCGUCACUAUAAUUGU